GUUCAGCACCGCACGUGGCUGAGCACGCGGAGUUCCGUUCGAAGCAGCUCGGUGCUUUGCAGAGCCCAAGCGGAUGCCACCUUAGAGGUGGAGUGCUUGGAAGACCCGGCGGCCAUCCAAUGGACCAAAGACCAGGGCGCAGCCAGCUGGCUGGAGCUCUUAGAGGAUUCAGAUGCUGUCAUCGAGGCGGCCGAGCCUUCCUCAGAGCCACGCCUCAGGCGUCUCCUGCAGCAGCGCGCCAGCGCGGAGGGCGCUCUGCCGGCGUCGCUGGCGGUGCGGCACAGCCCAGCGCUGCGCAGGGCGG